AUGGAAGAAACAGAGGCCGUGCAACAAGAUAUCGAAGCAUUGGAAAGAGAGAUUCAAACCAUCAAGAUUCAAAUAGCAAACGCUCAUAGUGGUGCCAGCAAGGAUGAGGUAAAGAUACCUGAUGCAUAUAAGCAGUUUCUUUCAGAGAAUAUUAAUUUCUCUAAUUUGAUGAGGAAAGACGAAAAUACUACUCUGUCUAUAAAUUUAUCACCAAGAAAGCCCGGUACUACUACAGGUCAGAUACAGGGAAUAGAUUCGUCUAUUCGAUCUAACUUCGGUGUGUCAAGUGGACACAAUGAAGUUGCAGGUUUCAAGUCAAUCACAGAUUUUGUCCAAUGGGAAAAUAGUGUACGGCUCAUAGGAGUCUCUUUAUUCCCAGUGAAUUAUGACAACAUCGAGUUUAUGGGUAUCAGAUUAGAAUUAUUUGACGAAUUGUCUCUCAAAUAUGACCCACCUUUCUAUGUCAUUUUGAAACCAUCCGUAAAGCGCCUCGGAAUUUGGGAAUUGUUCAAGCAUAAUUUACCAAAAUACAUUAAUAUCCACCAGCAUUGGCAACUAAUCACAAAAGAUACCGAUACUAGUGACUCUAAUAUCAUGAAGUUCGCGAACCUGUGUUAUAAAGACCUUUUAAAGGUUCACUCUAGAGUUCAAUUUUUCCGUAAGCUUGAGGGAAACUAUGUGAAUGAUAAGCAAUAUUCAUUGCUUCACAUCGAUAACAUGGGGCUGAACGUUUCUUUCAGGCUUGGUGCAGAUAUAAUAAAGAUAAAGGUUGACGAUGGUGAUGACGAGAUUAUAGACUGUACUUUCAAUGGAGAGAAGAAUAUUUCUUUAUUGGGAUCUAUUUACGGCAUAACUAAUAGGUUCCAGUCGAUUAUAAUGUAA